AUGUCUAAACGACCAGAACAUCAAGCACCGCCAGAAGUUUUUUACAAUGAAGACGAAGCUAGAAAAUAUACACAAAAUUCAAGAAUUAUAGAUAUUCAAGCACAAAUGACUGAGCGGUGUCUGGAACUUCUUCUUCUUCCUGAAGACAUACCAUGUCUUCUGUUAGACUUAGGUUGUGGGUCUGGUCUAUCUGGAUCUGUGCUUGAAGAAAAUGGACACAUGUGGAUAGGUCUUGAUAUAUCCCCAUCCAUGCUUGAUGUAGCCUUAGAAAGGGAGACUGAAGGAGAUCUUGUCCUUGCUGAUAUGGGGGAAGGAAUUCCAUUUAAAGCUGGAUGUUUUGAUGGUGCCAUUUCUGUAUCAGCUUUACAGUGGCUGUUUAAUGCUGACAAAAAAUCUCACAGACCUGUCAAAAGACUAUACACAUUUUUUAGCACAUUGUAUGCUUCUUUAUCUAGGUCAGCUCGUGCUGUAUUCCAGUUUUACCCAGAAAAUGAGAGUCAAUUAGAACUACUCACUACACAGGCAAUGAAAGCAGGUUUUUAUGGGGGUGUAGUAAUUGACUACCCAAAUUCUGCUAAAGCUAAGAAAUUCUUCCUAGUACUAAUGACAGGUGGUUCUGGUCCCUUGCCAAAAGCCUUAGGAGCUGAUGAAGUUGAGGAUAAUAUUCAAGUAAAAUAUGCAAGAAGAGAAGCAGCAAAAGCAGCCCGUGGUAAACCCUUAAAAAAUACUAAAGCGUGGCUUUUAGAGAAAAAAGAAAGAAGAAGAAAACAGGGUAAAGAAACAAAGCCUGAUACUAAAUACACUGGUCGAAAAAGAAGUGGCAGAUUUUAA